AUGAAUAUGAGCCAUCUGUAUGGUCCACAAAUAAUAAAAGAUAAAGUUCUAACAAAUAUAUCGGCUGCCAUUCGUGAAAUUCAUCGUUUAGCUGUAGACGAAGACGAUCAGACAUCAAAAAUUCUAACUAAUGAUAAUUGGCAAGUACAUUGUCUACUUGAACAUCUCGAUUUUGCUUUACUCUAUGGAUUAAAAUAUGUACAAGAUGGUUAUUAUAAAUGUGUGAAAGAAUUUACUCCAAAACUAUUAUCCAAACAAAUAGAAUCGUUAUUAAAUAUUGAAACAGAUCUUGGUCGCGGUCGUGCAUGGUUUUUCUUUGCAUUAAAUGAUAGUUUAACUGAAAGUUAUAUAAAAUGUUUUCAAGAUAAUAGAAAAUUAAUUAAAAAAUUCUAUACAGCAGAUUCAAUAAUCAAUGAUACUCAAAGAUUAUUAACUCUUACAACGUUAUGUUCUGGUUUAGAAAAUAUUCAAUUUAAUUUAAAAGCAGACUGUGUAUAUUUUGAUCGUAGUUGUUGGCCAGCGUAUUUACAAGUAGAUAUAAAAGAUACAGAAAAACUUUCAUUACCAGGUGUACGAAAUGAUGUUCCAUCAUUUGCUACGUAUUUAUCCAGAUAUGAUGUUCAGCAUAUACCUUCAUCACCUACGAUAUUACAUAGUGCGACUGUUACAUCGAAACGUGUACGUGUACCUAAACGAACUGAUCAUACAUCGGCAGCAUCUUCUGUUGUCAAUAGUUUUGUAUCUUCGGAUAUUCAUCCAACGAAUUUAUCUCGUUCAUCAUCUGUUAGUUUUGAUAAUCCAUCGAUUGAUGGGUUAUCACUUAAUGAUGAAAAUCAAACUACAAAUUCGAAACCUAUAUUAAUCGAUACACCUUUACUUAUACCAACAGCAAUAACAACAGAAAUUAGUUCAAGUUUAAGUGAACUUGAUCCAAUGUUAAAUGGUCGAGUUCGAACACCAUCACCAAUACCAUCAACUAUGAUCGAUGAGCAAAUCAUGACAAUUCCCACCGAUGAUACAACUGAUAAUCAACCUAUGACAAUCGAAAAUCAACCUUCCACAGUUAUCGAAGAAUCAAUCAAUAUUUCCGAACAUACCGAAAAUUCAGUAUUAUCUUCAGCAUCAGUUGAUAAUGAUUUAAAUAUCGAAAAGAAAAAUGAUGAUCUUUUACAAAUUGUUGAAGAAGACGUUCUUGAUUUACCAGCUGAUGCAAAUCUACAAUUACAAUUCCUAUUAGAAGUUUAUGAAUUAGAAAAUAGAGAAAAUUUUAUUAAAUUAUUUCCAACAACUAUUGGUCAUAAUAAUGGUAAUACAGAAGUCGUCUAUUUUCUUAUAACAUCACAUAAUAUUUAUUUACUACGGCAAGUAAAUGAAGUUAAUGAUUCCUAUCGAAUAGAAAAAAUUGAAAGUAUACCAAUUGAAAAAAUUGAUUAUAUUGAAAUUGGUCCAAAUGAACAGUUCUUUCGUAUAAUUACCGUUAAACAUACUAAACUUCGUUGUCUAACUACAGGAUGCAAAGAAUUAACAAAUGAUAUAUGUACUACUAUUCGUGAAACUGCAAAGUAUGGUCGUUUUCCCGAACCACAAAUCUUACCAGCAACAAUGCAAGAAAUAUCGAUAAAAAAAGAAUUAGCUAAUGAUAUGAAAAAAGAGAGUAUUCAUGAUGUUAAAUUACUUGAUUAUCAUUAUAUAUUUUGGGAAGAACCACAAAUGUCUGGGAGAAAAUUACGCAAAGAAGGUUCUCUUCAUGUAAAACUUAUUGAACCACCAACACCUAUAAGACUUCUAAGUGCUGCUACACUUAAAUCUCAUCGACAACCAUUUGAAACAUGGAGAAAUGCAUACGUCACUCUUAGAGUUGAUCGACUCAAUAUCUAUCUACAUAAGUCAGAUAAAACACCUUCAUUAACAUAUACAUUACAGGAUGAAAAUUGUCAAGGAUGUCGAAGAAAUCGUAGUACUGAUCGUCCACAUGCAAUUGAAAUAAUGUUUGCUAAUGAUAUUACAUUAGUUAUGGCAGCUAAAACUAAAACUGAACAAGAUGAAUGGUUACAUGCUGUUAUGAAAGGUCUUUCUCAAGGACGUAUGGCAAUAAAAGAUGAAGAAAAUACAGCAAAUACAGUUCCAUGUAGUCUUAUAUUAACUGAUGAGAAAAUCUAUGUAUGUCAUGAUGAACAAGAUAAUGCACUUAUUCGUCAACUUGAUUCAAUGAAACUUGAAUAUAUUGCACACUUAUUUGUUGAUCCUCAAUGUCAAUAUUAUUGUGUAUUAUCGAUUGAACAAGGAAAUCAAGGUUCAAAAUCAUGGAUUUUUUAUUUUUUAUUUGCUAAAGAAAUGAUUCAAUUCAUUAAAACUUUGCAAACAGCUUUAUCAAAAACAUAUCAGGUGCCAAUGGAUCUUCAUCCAUUAAAUGAUAUUUCAUUUGAACGUGAAUGUGAACGAACUGCAAAACGCCUUCUUCGCUCCUAUCGUCCUUUAAAAUUUACUAAUUAA